CAUGAUCAAGUGGCCUGGCUCUCUUGGAGGGGAUUCGUCACCAGAUGGUGGACAUUUCGCGACAUGUGUGCCCUUUCUAUGGUGACAUCAGUUUAGUUAGUCACAGAACUGGGAGCAGAGAUGAUGCUUUCUUUGACUUUCCUGCUGGCCUGGAGCUCGGUUUUUCUUAACCAAGCUGAGACUGUGACCACUCCCAUUUCUGAGAUUGCUCCAGAAUCCCUAAAGGAACUUGUCCUUAUAAGAAAGACACUAGCCAGACAGGCCCAAAGGCUGAAAAGCCUAGAGAUCAAUCUGCACCAUGUCUUGAGCAAGGUGGUCUUCCUAGCAGAUACGGACAUCCAUGCGGCUCGCACAUUCUCCACCAAAGCUGAUCCUUUGCUGGAGUUAUCGGAACGACUGAAUUAUUUAAUGCAGCGACUGGAACAGGAGGCUAGCACUAAGGAAGUGCUUCAGAGGAUAGAAAACCAAAUGGACUCUUUGAGCAGGUUUAAUGAGUGCAAGCAAAUUCAAGAAGGUUCCCUAAACGACACUAUUGCCAUGAAUGUUCCUCAAGUUAAGGAACUCCCAAAAGUUGAGUUUGACCAGCCUGACAAAUCGGAUUGCUUCGAAUUGGUAGAUCGAGUGGAUGGCGUUUAUAGGUUUUUGGUUCCAGAAAGAAAUGAACUACAGCGGGACUUUUAUGAGCGGUACUGUGCAUUCGCCACCGACGGACCCGCCUGGACGGUGAUCCAGAACAGAGGCGUCUUCGAUCCUGCGGAGAACUUCAAUCGCAGCUGGGAUGAGUAUCGUGCGGGCUUUGGCAAUCUGUCCAGGGAUUUCUGGUUCGGCAACGAGUUCACGCACCAAAUUCUCUAUCGCGACGAUCACGAGUUGCGCGUGGAGUUGGGCUAUAAUCAUGGGGAGGAGUUCCCGGACUGGGCGGAGUACUCUCUGUUCCGGCUGGACAGCGAGGGCUACAGCUAUCAGCUAGCGGUGGACGGUGUCUUUCGGGGUUCGCUGCCCGACGCCCUGGAGCCGCACAUUCACCUGGACUUUAGCACCUACGAUCGCAGGAGCGAUGGCCAAUCCGCCGGAGAUUCCUCCUGUGCCGAGCAUUACGGCGGCGGUUGGUGGCUCGAUCGUUGCACCAGGUCCAACUUGAAUGGCGAGCACGGAAACCAGAGAACAGGUCCGGCCAUCCUCUGGUCGUAUUGGGGGAAUGGAUCGGACACUCCGAAAACCUCACGCAUGAUGAUACGGCCCGUAAAUUUCGACUCUGGCGGUGAUCCGGUGAAUAGUUACGAGAAUUAAGCGGCGACGAACUUCGAAAUUUAAAUAGCAAUCAUCAAAUGUUGCUUGAACGUUACCGAUAGGUGGCCCUGCCAGUGGACG